AUGAUUCUAAAGCUGCCUAUACACCCGAGGAGCUGCCUAUACAUCCGAAGAGCUGCCUAUACACCUCAACAAGCUGCCUAUACACCCGAGAAUCUGCCUAUACACCCCAAGAGCUGCCUGUAUACCCGGGGAGCUGCUUAUACACCCGAGGAGCUGCCUAUACACCUCAACGAGCUGCCCGUACACCUCAACAAGCUGCCCAUACACCUCAAGAAGCUGCCUAUACACCUCAACAAGCUGCCUAUACACCCGAGGAGCUGCCUGUAUACCCUAGGAGCUGCCUGUACACCCAAGGAGCUGCCUAUACACCUCAACAAGCUGCCCAUACACCUCAACAAGCUGCCUGUACACCCCAAGAGCUGCCUGUACACCUCAAGAGCUGCCUAUACACCUCAAGAAGCUGCCCACUAUCUCUUCAAGGCGCUGCAUGCAGCAGACCCCCACUCGCAGCAGCUGCUGCUGCUCAAGGCAGCAGACUGGAAGGAGAAAGCUGCUGCUGCUGCGGGCCUCGCGGAGGCCUGCGGCGCCCCCGCUGCAGCAGCAGCGGGACCAGCAGCAGCAGCAGCAGCCCCCGACCUCCAGCUGCUGCGCCUCAAAGACCCAGACUUCCUGUGUCUCCUCCUGGGCGCCAUGCUGUCUCUUGCUGCUGCGGUGCUGCAGGGCCCCGGCGGCGACGCAACAGCAGCAGCAGCAGCAGCAGCAGCGGCGGCCGGCGGCGGCCCCGGGCGCGCGCAGCAGCUGCUGCAGUCCCUGCAGCAGCAGCGGCAGCAGCAGCAGCAGCGGCGAGCAGCAGAGCUGCAGCGCGCGGAACAAACCUUCUAUUCUGUUGCUGCAGCAAACCCUAAACAUCCUGCUGCUUACUUGGGGCUUGCUGCAUGCGCUGUGCUGCAGCGCCGCUGGGCCGACGCGCUGCUGCUCUACGCCCGCCUCGUGGCCUACCUCCCAGCGCCCCGGGAGCAGCAGCAGCAGCAGCAGCAGCAGCAGCAGCAGCAGCAGCAGCAGCAGCAGGAGGGGUGCGUGUGUUACUCGGAGACGGAGUUUGCUGCUGAGCUGCGUGCUGCAGUGGGGCACUGUUUGCUGCGGCUCGGGCGGCAGCAAGAAGCGCUGCAUGCAUUUGAAAGAGCAGCAGCACUGAGCAGCCGCUGCAGCAGCGCGCUUGCUGCAGCUGCGCUGCUGCAGGGCGACAGCCGCACAGCAGCAGGGCUGCAGCAGCAAAACGAGCUGCUGCUGCAGGCGCACCUCGCGGACCCCAGCGACCCCGCCGUGCUGCUGCAGCUCUGCGGCAGGCUCGUGCUGCUGCAGCAGCAGCAAACUGCCGAGCUGCUGCUGCAGCAGAUUUGGGUCCCCCCCCACUGCGGCCACUUGGUGGCUGAGGCCAGCUACCUGCGGGGCUUGCUGCUGCAGCAGCGCGGGGAAGCAGCAGCAGCGCUGAACGAGUUUGCUGCUGCCUGCUGCCGCACGGGGCUCCAUGCAGCAGCAGCUUUUCAUGCUGCUGAAUGUGCUGUUGCUCUCAAACAAGGCCAAGAGGCCCAGCUAGCUCUUGCUGCUGUGCUGCGGCUGCUGCCCCGCUGCACUGAAGUCCUCGUGCUGCAGGCUUUCGCGCUGCUGGCGGAAGCUGACACCCUCGCUGACCAGUACCUUGCUGCUGCGCUGCAGCAGCAGCAGCAGCAGCAGCGGCAGCAGAGGGAGGCGCACGAAGACGCGGCGGCCAUGCAGGUCGACGGACACGAGCACAGGCACACCCAGCAGCAGCAGCAGCAGCAGCGAGCCACCGAAAGGGCAAAGCAGCAGCAGCAGCAGCAACAGCAGCAGCAGCAGCAAGAGAUGCUGGAGCCCUCCCAAACGGGCGUGCGCGCCGCGAGGCACUUGCAGCUGCAUGCAGAGGCUCUGCUGCUGCUGCAGCGAGCAGCAGCAGCAGACCCUCACCGGCUAAAUGUGCUGCUGGCAAUUUGCCGCUGCUGCGAAGUGCUGCUGCUCGGCGGCGGCCAGCAGCAACAGGAGCAGCAGCAGCGCGAGCUGCUGCUGCAGGCCCUCAACGCCUACGACGCCCUACUCGACGCCGUCUACCUCCAGCAGCAGCAGCAGCAGCAGCAGCAGGUGCUGCUAAGGGACAAAGUGGAGGCCUUCUUGAAUGCCGGGUGUCUCCCCUUGGGGGCGCUGCAUAAUUACGGCUGUCUCCUUUUAGCAGCAAAUAGAGCAGCAGAAGCACAGAGGCUGCUUGCUGCUCUCUUGCUGCACCUUUGCUGCCACAACAGCGCCAAGCAGCAGCAGCAGCAGCAGCAGCAGGCGCUUGGGGAAAAGGCAAGCGCACACGAUGCUGCAGGAGACGCACCCCGCAGCAGCAGCAGCAGCAGCAGGAACGGCAGCAGCAGCAGCAGCAGCAGCAGCGACGGCGAUGCUGCCCUUGCUGCACUCUGCUGCUUCAAUUUGUGUCUCUGUUUAUCUGCACUGGGCGCUCACUCGCAGCUGUCUUUGCUGCUGCGUUUCCUUGCGUCUCCUCCAGCAGCAGCAGCAGCAGCAGCAGCAGGCGGUGCUGCAGGCACGCCAGCAGCUUUGGGGAUCGCAGCAGCUGCGGAGUCCCCUGCGUCGCAGCGUUCGCCGGCAGCCGCAGCAGCAGCAACGGGACCAGCAGCAACAGCAGCAGCAGCAGCAGCAGCAGAGAUCUGGGAUGAGGACGAAAUGGCAGCGCUGCGGCCUUCAGUGCUGCGGUGUCUCCUAGUUCAUUUGGAGUUGCUGCUGCCGCUGCCGCUGCGGCAGCAGCUGCAGCAGCUGCAGCAGCUGCUGCGCAUGCAGCUGGCGCUGCAGCGGGGCUCCCUCUACGGGGCCAACUUCGCCGCCGAGGCCUUCAUCCGCAGCAGCAGCAGCAGCAGCAGCAGCAGCAGCAGCAGCAGCAAAGCAGACCUGGCCCUGGCUUGCCUUUUUGCUGCUUCCUUUCAGCUCAGCGCCGGCCGCCACGAGCGCGCGCUGCAGCUGGUGCAGCGGGCGCUGGAGGUGCAGGACCCAGCAGCAGCAGCAGCAGCAGCAGAUAAGGGCAGCAGCAGCAGCAGCAGCAAAAAGAAGAAGAGCAGCAGCGCCAAGAGACCCAGGGACCCCAUGGCGCUUUCAUUUCUUGCUGCUAUUCACUUCGCGAGAGCCAAACGCCUUUUUGCUGCAGGCCACCCCAAGGCCAACGAGGCGUUUGCGGAGUUUCGCUACAGCUGCUGCCUCGCGCUGCAGCCGCCCUUUCUGGGCAAUGCGCAUGCAGCUUUGGGGCUGGGGGUUUGGAUGGCUUACCAGGGACUGACAGCGCAGCAGCAGCACUGGCACCGCGUAGAGAUGAGGCCGCACAAGGGACUAAAGCAGCAGCAGCAGCAGCAGCAGCAAAUAAAAAAAAGAGAUAUUUACCUGGCCAUAGGGCGGCUUUUCCAUGACUGCGGUUUUUUCAUGGCGGGCAUUGAGUUGAUGCAAAUUGCCCAGAGGCGGUGGCCGCGAGACGUCCGCUUCGUAUACAACAUUGGUUUUCUGUGCGACUGCUUCCAAACGAAAGCGCUGGGGCUUCGGGGGCAGCUGGAGUCUGCGGUGUUCGUACACCUCGUGAAACACGUCACUGAGUUGCUGCUCUUUUCUUCUCGCCGAAGCAAAACAAUAAAAGCCAUUUUCGACCCUUCUAGCCAAGCUCUCAGCGCUCCCCUCAGACUCCAGGCCAAACUAGAGUUCCGCCCAUUGUCUAUAUUGGGGGGAGAGGAGGGCCCGAAGCCCCUGGUAGCAGCAGCAGCAGCAGCAGCAGCAGCAGCAGGUUUCCCCUUUUGCUACAACAGCGACGGCCGGCCGCUGCCCCCAUCCGGCUCAGCAGCAGCAAAAUCAGAAGCAGCAGCAGCAGCAGCAGCAGCAGCAGGCCUCAGCGGGGGCCCCCCAGGGGGCCCCCCAGGGGGGCCCCCCGCGGGGCCCCUAGGGGGGCCCCUGGGGGGCCCCACAGUUGUGGUGGUGCCCCCAGAAGGUAUUGAAGAAGUUCCUGCUGCGCAUGCACAGGCGGGGCCCCAUCAAGUUUCUAGAGAUAGAGUGCUGCAUCAUAUAAAUAGAAUGAUGCCAAUAUUGGAGCUGCGGUGGCUGACGCAGCAGCGGGAGCAGCAGCAGCAGCGGCAGCAGCAGCAGCUGCUGCUGCAGCAGCAGCAGGAGGAGCAGCGGCGCAUGCAGCAGGAACAGCUGCUGCUGCAGGAGAGGGAGGUGCAGCAGCAGCUAGCGGAAGAGGCCAAGCAAAUUGCUGCUUCGCUGCCGCUGCGCCCGGCCCCCGAGAACCUGAAGCAGCAGCAGCAGCAGCAGCAGCGGAGAGGAGUGCAGCAGCAGCAGCAGCAAAAACGGAAGCAAAAAGAAACUGACAACUUCAUUGAUGACUCAAUAGAAGGGGCCCUGAGCGAAGCAGAUGACGAGCUGCCGAGACACCGCAGAAGCAAAGGCAGCAGCAGCAGCAGCAGCAAAAAGAAAAAGAAGCAAAAGAAGAGGAAGCGCAGCAGCAACAGGGAGCAGGAGGGCGACGCUGCAACAGACGAAGACGCAGAAGCAGCAGCGGAGCAGCAGCAGCAGCAGCAGCAAGAGGAACGCCCCAGCAGCAAGAAAAAGGCUCGCAGGCUGCUGCGGCUGGCUGCUCGGGACCCCGAAGAUGACACCGACUUUGCAGCAGCAGCAGCAGAUGGGGAUGAAGCAGCAGCAGCAGCAGCAGCAGAGGGGGACGAUGCUGCAGCAGCAGAUGGAGACGCAGCAUCAGCAGCAGCUGAUGGGGACGAAAUAUCCGCAGCAGCAGAAGAUGGAGGCGAAGCAGCAGAAGCUGCAGAAGAUGGAGAGGAAGCUGCAGCAGCAGCAAAUGGAGCCGAAGCAGCUACUGCAUCACAGAGCCAAGCAGCAGCAGCAGCAGCAGCAGCAGAUCCACCAACCCACUUACUGAAGCGUCCCCGCGACUUCGAGACUGACGAAGAAGAGUCCGAUGCGUUAGGUGGAGCAGCAGCAGCAGAGCAAGAAGCAACAGCAGCAGCAGCAGCAGCAGAGGGCAGCGAAGGCAGCAGCGACUCAGAAAACUCCCACGAUAGAAAGCGCCGCAAGAAACGCAAAAAGCACAAACGGAAGAAGCAGCAGCAGCAGCAGCAGCAGCAGGAGAGAGAGGCCUAUGAAUCCGACUGA